UCUUCGUGUUGUGCUCCUUGACCUGAAUUUGAGGGGCUUCAUUUCGAUCUUGAUCGUCAAAAGAGAACCAGUCCUUCAGUUGUCGUCCAGGUCCCAUUUUAUUGGGAUAAUAUUUUACGUUGGGGGAACCUUUCGAGUCGUCCAUUAGCCAUGAGAUCCUUUCACAAGCAACUCAAGUCCCUGGUGUCGUUCUCUUACGACCAGGACGAGUCUGACCACGAGCUUGUGAUUCAACUCCCUGAGAUGGAAUACCGUAAGCGCGGCCAAGAAACUUUAGAGGAAGCUUGGCGACUCCUGAACUCGUCAGAUUGGAAGUUAGAAAAACGAAAUUCUCACGGGGACACGGUUCACUCGAAGCACAUCAGAGGCAACAAAAAAGUAUUCAAACUCACUGGAAAGGUCAUGAUUCCUCCGAAGUUGCUUUUAGAGGAGCUUUUCUAUCAAAUCGAGGAUGUCCCAUCGUGGAAUCCCACACUCAAAGAAUGCAAAACCAUUCAGCCGAUCGAUAGCCACACUGAUAUCAGCUAUCAGGUGGCCGCCGAAGCCGCCGGAGGAAUGGUGAGCACUCGGGACUUUGUCAACCUUCGGUAUUGGCAAGUCAUCGAAGGAUCCUAUUUCUCGUCGGGGGUGUCCAUUCAGCACCCAGCUAUGCCCAGUCAACCCAAAAAAGUCAGAGGCGAGAAUGGCCCCGGCGGAUGGGCCAUGAGACCCGUACCCGGUGAGCCGGACGAAUGCACCUUCCAAUGGCUUUUAGACACCGAUCUUAAGGGGUGGAUCCCGCAGUCCGUGAUCGACGCGGCCUUGAGCGGGGCCCAAUUCGACUACAUCGAAAGCAUCCGACAACGGGCCGCUCAUCUCCACCGAAUUGGUCGGGUCCAAGACCAUCUUGCGCACAACCAACAAGCCUCUGCCAGCGCUUCGCUCAACUCCACCUUAACCGUCAACUCCGUGGCAUAAUCUGAAAUCAUUUGGCCAAUCAGGCGGCAGCAAUUUGUCCACGGGUCCAAACAUCGUCUUCCGUCAAAAGUGAGCUGUGAGUGUGGACCAAGUCCACCAUGAUGGGCCUUUGAAGCAGAGCACCCUGAAUGAAGAGAGAUAGUAGGUCCGAUCCGGUGUCAAUGAACAAUGUGAAGACGAAGUUGUGGGUCUGGGUGGUUUACACGCCUUUUAGUCAUAGUAUGAGAGGACGGGGUGGUGGUGGUGGUGGAAGGGUUCCCAGGGCCAAUCAGUGUUCUCCAGUGCUGUUACAUUCCUUCACUAUUAUACGAUCAGACUGUUAUAUCUUGUCCUUGAAAGGUAUUCGCCACCAUAAUCAUCGUUAUCCAAGCGCACAAAAACGAAAUAUACUCAAGAACUCAUCAAAUCGCCAAGCUAGUGUACGUGGCGAAAUCCUGAA